UUUCCUGUGAGAAUCACACGUCAAAGUCGGUGAUGAUUAUAAACCUUCCAAUUCCCGACCUCAUACUUCGACGAGGAUUAGGAAAAGUAAACAGUAUAAAUACCAUAUAGAGCACCUGCAAAUCAUCAAAUCGAAGCCUCCAGAACCAGAAAUAUUUUUUUUCCCAAUAAUGGCUGAAAAUCCCAAGUCCUCUGUUUACGUCGGCAAUUUGGAUGAGAGAGUGAGCGAGAGGGUAUUGUAUGAUAUUCUGAUUCAAGCUGGGCGUGUUGUGGACUUGUAUAUUCCUCGUGAUAAGGAAACUGAUAAGCCAAAAGGUUACGCUUUUGCACAAUAUGAAUCAGAGGAGAUAGCUGAGUAUGCUGUCAAGCUUUUCACCGGACUUGUUACACUGUACAAUCGGACAUUGAAAUUUGCGAUUUCCGGGCAAGACAAGCCCUCAGCAAAUUUGUCUAUCGCAACCCCACCUGCGGUUUAUACUUCUCCUAAACCGAGGCCUUACCCUGAAACGUAUAACAAUGUGGAAUUUUCUCCACAAUCUGCAAGGUUAUCAACAUUGUGCCGGUCUUCAGAGCACCAAAUAAAUUAUGUACAAGUGCCAGUUCGAUCUGGUGUAUCUGUACACCAACCUAAUGGAUAUAGAUCACACUAUGACAGCACCGAUAAUGAUUACAGACGAAGGUUGUUUGGGGCAGCGUCGGAUAGUAUUAGUCACGCUAGACCAGGACGCUAUGAUGAUAGGCGUAAUUCGACCAAUUAUCAUUAUUGAUUUUUCCGAGGACUGGAGUAGAGGCCAAUUCUAGCAGUCUAACCUUUUAUUUCAGAUGGUGUAACUCCGUAGUCUGGGUAUCUUUUAUUGUGUGUUUGUUUCUAAGUUAGUUUUCUGGAUAAUUUAUGGUUAUAAAUUUCCAAGUUCUUAAUGCCAAGCGAACAUGCACACACAAGUAUUAGAUCUGGUAUGAAGGUUUCUUGUUCAGUUAGCUGUUGAAGUUUAAAAUAGAGAUAUCUGGUGCUUUGAAGAUAAUGUUUGUCUUGACAGUUCUACAUAUUUACUUUGCACAUUUAAUCUUAAGUUCAAUCACAUUUCUACUUGUGUUAA